GAAAGACUGAGACCGGAAGUAUAUAUUGGCGCGAGCUAACUUGAUACCUGACAGCUCGCACUACCGUGACAGUUGCAGUAAACUCAUCUGGUGCUGCCUUCUGCAAACACAACCUUGCAGUUACCAAAACCGCUUCAAAAUGCUGUCCUACAUCAUCGAUCUGAUCCGAGGAGGCUUUGACAGCCUCGUCAACUUGAUCUUCAGACUCCUCUUCUCAAAGAGGAGACCAGCCCUCACAUUAGAGGACCCCAACAUUAAGUAUGCACUGCGGCUGUUGGACAAACAGAUUGUCAGCCAUGACACACGAAAGUUUCGUUUUGCCCUUCCUUCCCCUGAACACAUCCUGGGGCUCCCUAUCGGGCAGCACAUCUAUUUGUCUGCAAAGGUCGACGGGAAGCUGGUGGUGCGUCCGUACACACCAGUGUCCAGUGAUGAUGACAAAGGCUUUGUGGACUUGGUGGUGAAGAUUUACUUUAAAGAUGUUAAUCCAAAAUUCCCCGAAGGUGGGAAGCUGAGUCAGUACUUGGAGAGCCUCCGGGUCAACGACACUAUUGACUUCAGAGGACCCAGUGGUCUUCUCGUUUACAAAGCCAAAGGUGUUUUUGCCAUUCAGUCAGAUAAGAAGUCCCCAGCUGACACCAAGACUGCUAAACAUGUCGGCAUGAUCGCUGGAGGGACAGGGAUCACUCCCAUGCUGCAGCUCAUCACUGCUGUGAUGAAGGAUCCAAAGGACCAGACGGUGUGCCACCUGCUGUUUGCCAACCAGACUGAGAAAGACAUUCUGCUGCGACCGGAGUUGGAAGAGAUCCAGGUCAACAACCCAGACCGGUUCAAGCUGUGGUUCACCCUGGAUAGAGCACCUGAAGACUGGGAGUACAGCCAAGGCUUCAUCAAUGAAGACAUGAUUAAGGACCACCUGCCGCCUCCGAGUGACGACACUCUCAUCCUGAUGUGUGGACCUCCGCCUAUGAUCCAGUUCGCCUGCAACCCCAGCCUGGACAAAGUGGGCCACGCCAGCAGCCGCAGGUUCACCUUCUAAGGGCAUCAAGUUGUUCUAUUCUCUACCCUGAAAACAUGAACGCACUCGUACAGCUGCCGUGGUUAUUGCACUAUGUAUACUAUAUUUAUGCCAUGAUAUUCACCACGCAACAGAAUCACAUCACGGACCAAUUAAUGUUAUCGUAAGUGUCACGGGAGGUAAAUAUUUGGAUUGAAAAGUAGAGGGGAUGGAAAGUGUGGAAAUGAUGUGAUUCCAAAUGUGCUGCAAACAGUUGCGGUGUACGGGAUGAUCGAGUGCCUUAACACUUGCAAAGCUUUUUUUAUGCUCCGUUUAAGAGUCUCAAUCACUUGCUUCAUUUAUACAGAAUUUAAUUAUUCCAUUAUUGCAAAGAUGUUAGUGUGAUACCUGCUCUAUGGUCACAAAGAUGUCAAUAUUUUUGCUAAAACAUGUUCAGUGACUUGUUGAAAGUGUUGUUGCUGAUAUGUCUUUGUUGCAACAGUGGCUACUUGUGUUUGAUAUGCAACAUAAAAAAAAACAUCUAUUGA